AUGGCCGCAACAAAGGGUUCUUGGCUCCAAAGACAUGAUCUCACGAAGUCCAAGGUCUUCUUCUACCUCGUAUUCUGGGGACUUCACUGUGGCAUCUUUGCCCUCGGAUGGUAUCUCCAAGCUUCAAAUAAACAACUCGCAGGAUUGAAUGUUCUGAAGUACUCCGUAUGGAUCUCCAGAGGCGCCGGGCUGGUGCUGUCGGUUGAUUGCACCUUGAUUCUCCUUCCCAUGUGCAGGAAUGUCUUGCGCUGGCUGCGACCUCAGAUUAGAUGGCUCCCACUAGAUGAGUCGGCUUGGUUCCAUCGACAAGUGGCUUAUGCGAUUCUGAUCUUCACCGGACUCCAUGUUGCAGCUCACUAUGUCAACUUCUACAACAUUGAAAAAAAUCAGAUCCGCCCAGUACUGGCUGUGCAAAUUCAUUAUACCGAAGCUGGUGGCAUCACCGGCCAUGUUAUGCUUUUGUGCAUGAUGCUGAUGUACACAACGGCCCACCACCGCAUUCGCCAACAGGCCUUCGAAACCUUCUGGUAUACCCAUCACCUUUUUAUCCCCUUUAUGCUGGCUCUCUACACCCAUGCCACGGGGUGCUUCGUGCGAGAUACUACUGAUCCAAUCUCCCCUUUUGCUGGAAAGCCAUUCUGGAACCAUUGCAUUGGCUACGAGGGAUGGAGAUGGGAACUGGUCGCAGCAGCACUCUACUUGUCCGAGCGACUCUAUCGAGAAAUUCGCUCUCGACGGGAUACUGUGAUCAUCAAGGUGAUCCGUCACCCGUAUGAUGCCAUGGAAAUCCAGUUCAGCAAACCAAGCAUGAAAUACAAAGCUGGCCAAUGGAUAUUCAUCCAAGUACCUGAUGUGUCCAAUACGCAGUGGCACCCGUUCACCAUCACCUCCUGUCCCUUUGAUCCUUACGUGAGUAUUCACGUUCGGCAAGUAGGGGAUUUUACUCGCGCGCUGGGUGAUGCCCUUGGAUGUGGUCCAGCCCAAGCAAAAGAUCUUGAAGGCCUGGACCCUCUAGGCAUGUACGAAGUCGCCCUCCAGAACGGCCAGAUGAUGCCGACCAUCCGCGUCGAUGGCCCCUAUGGAGCACCUGCGGAGGAUGUAUUCGAAAACGAAAUCGCGGUGCUAAUCGGUACCGGCAUCGGUGUGACACCGUGGGCCUCAAUUCUGAAGAAUAUCUGGCACCUGCGCGCCAGCCCCAACCCACCUCGUCGUUUACGUCGAGUAGAGUUCAUCUGGAUCUGCAAGGACACGUCCUCGUUCGAAUGGUUCCAGGCCCUCUUAUCCUCCCUCGAAGCCCAAUCCGCCAAUACUGCCAUGCAUGAAGGCAGCACGGAGUUCUUGCGAAUCCACACCUACCUCACCCAGCGGCUAGAUGAUGAUACCGCCGCCAAUAUCUAUCUUAAUUCCGUCGGCCAAGCCCUCGACCCUCUGACCGAACUGAAAAGUCAAACCAACUUUGGUCGGCCAGAUUUCAAGCGCCUGUUUACUGCCAUGCGUUACGGUUUGCACGAUCAGAGCUAUAUCCGAGGCUUGCAAAAUGUACCGACGACUGAGAUCGGUGUCUACUUUUGUGGGCCGAAUACAGCUGCACGGCAGAUCGAAAACGCAGCGAGCUAUGCGUCAACAAGAGAUGUGAAAUUCAAGUUCUGGAAGGAGAACUUUUAG